AUAGUGUCCAUGGCUUCCCAGCUGCUCCUGGCACUGGCCCUGCUGGCUACCUGUGCGGCCCAGGAUGGAGAGUACUGCCACGGCUGGGCGGACAGCCAGGGGACCUGGCACCACGGCUUCCAGUGCCCGGAGAGGUACGACCCCCAGGAGGCCGCCUUAUGCUGCGGGUCCUGUGCCCUGAGAUACUGCUGCACGGAAAUCGAGGCCAGGCUGGACCAGGGACCAUGCCCCAGCGAGGAGCGAGGGCCCCUGCCAGGAGUGCCAACCAUGGAGCUGGCAACACCAGUGCCCACAUACUUACCUUUUCUAUUGGUUGGGAGUGUUUUCGUGAUGUUUGUCAUACUGGGUUCCCUGGUCGGUGUUUGCUGCUGUAAAUGUCUGAAACCUAACAUUGAGACACAAGGAAUUGGACCCACAUCCACCCAGAGCCGCCUCCUGUCCACAGAUCAAUCUAGAGACCUCUCUAGGAAUUCAGGUUCCAGCUCAAGCUUGGCACCUCGGGCAUCUCUGGCCAUCCGCCCUCAAAACAUCAGUUCUCUGGGUGCUGAAAACCAUAACAUGUAUAUUAAUAUGCCUACAACCUUCUCCACAAUGGGGUUCGCUCAGGGUGCUCAAUUUAUGUGCCCACCAACAGCUGGCACUCCUUUCAUGAACUAUGGUGUGCCAACUGAACACUCUAUAAUGUUAACACCUGCUACUUACAUUGAUGUUAGGAGCUGCUAUGGACAAUCUUUAAAUCCUUAUGGACACAAUUUAAAUGCAUAUCCUCCAGUGACCCAACAAACUGAGCACAUCAUGGCAAAUGAAUCCCCCACAAAAUGUUGAGUGUUGUUACAGUAAGUGAUGAGAGUAACUUUAACAUGCUCACUAUCUUGAGACAUCAGUGGACUUCUAAUGAAUGUAAUUAUGGAGACUUUGCCAUAAAUACGGAGUCCGCUUCAUUCUAAUGCUGCUUCAGUUUUUUGGUCUUUCUUUAGCCACAUCUGGAAGAUGUGAAAACUGAUGUCAGUUUGUUCAGUGAACAACUUAACUGUUUUAUGCAGUGCUAAAGUGUGCUUAAUACUGUCA